AUGCCGUGCAGCCGCUUGGAACGCCUCACGCUCAGCCAGUGCAAUGACCUCGCCUCGCUCCCCAACGAUCUUGAAGACCGCUUGCCUUGUCUCCGCGAGCUGACCAUCAGCGGAUGCAGAUCGUUCUUCGAGCAACCGGAGCAGCUCACCUCCCUGACCAACCUGCGCAGCCUGAAGCUCUCCGACUGCGGUUUCGCCGGUCUGCCCCACGAUUUCGGCGAGCUGCCCGCGCUGAAGACGCUCGUGCUGCACGAACUCAAUGUCAACCUCCCUGCCUCGUGCAGCCGGCUCAAGACUCUAGAGACGCUGCUAGUCUCAGACUGCGCACACCUGCGCGAGUUACCAGAGGGGUUCGGUGCUCUCACUGCGCUCAAAACCCUAGGCCUUGCCGGCUCACCUUCUCUGAUCCUGCCUGAUGACAUUGGACAACUCACCAACCUGCAGACUCUCUUCCUGAGGUCGUACCAGCAGCAUCAUCUCCUUCCCUCCUCCUUCACCCACCUAGCGUCACUGACAAGGCUUGAGCUGCAGGACUGCGCGUUGGCGGAGCUCCCAGAGGCGAUGGGGGAGCUGAGGUGCCUGCGGGAGCUCUACGUCCAAUCCUGCUCGCACCUCCAGAAGCUUCCAGACUCCGUUUCAGCCCUGCUGGGCCUCGAAAUCCUCAGGCUGAAGGAGUUGGAGCUGACCGGCUGUGGGUUGCUGAGAAAAGCUCCCGAGUUCUUGCCGGGCUCGCUGGAAGCUCUCAGCGUGGGGUGUUUGCAUCAGGUCACCCGUCUGCCAGGCGCCUACAAUCUUCCGUGCUUAAGGAAAGCGAAUCUGUAUAUGGUGAUCUUCCCUUCCGCACUCUCCAGGAGCCUUUCCUGUCUGGAGCACUUAAAGCUGUACUUGGCUUGGGAGGAGGAGUUCCCAUUUCCGCUAACGGCCUUUCCUCACCUCCGCUCCCUGUCAAUCCUAAGCACUGGAGUCAUGAAGCUUCCAGAAAUUUCCAGCUCGUCAUUGCAGGAGUUGCGUCAACUAGCAAUACUAUUGCCGGAAUUGACAGAACUCCCACCGACCAUUGCGGCCCUGCAGAAGCUCACAUACAUGGAGAUCAGGGCCCCCAAGCUCUCCUCACUUCCUGAUUCACUCAUGGCGCUCACGAGAUUACGCAAGCUGAUUCUGUCUGAAUCCCAAGCUCUCACUCACCUCCCUGCGUCCCUCACCCAUUUGUCCUGCCUCUGUGAGCUAAGGGUUCACCACGGCUCCAUUACUUGUCUUCCUCCCAACUUCUCUCGCCUCAGCAGGCUGCAGGUUCUGGACUUGGAGGAUUGUAAAGAGCUGGAGGCUCUGCCUGAAGAUCUAGGGGAGCUGAAGCUGCUGGUGAUUUUGAAUGCUAGGGGUUGUGACAAGUUGCACGAUGAUCAAGGCCAACUUCGCCUGCCUGAGGGGUGCGAUUCGUACCGUUGGAGGUUCUAG